CUUCCACCAUAUAAAGUGCUGUUUGUGUAGCACAAAGGGCUCCUCCUCCUUGCGAUGAAAGCCUAAAGGAAACAAGAAAUUGCUCAAUCUUGCCACAUAUAUCAUCCUACAAUCACAAUAUCCAAAUAGACACGACUACUUUCCGUCAUUCGAUGGACCUAAAGAGCGGAUGAUAAGGACGUCAUAGAAGGCGUAAAACCAACUCAGAUCAGAAUCGCUCCCAACACUGCACGCUCGAUCAAUUCUACCUGUAUUAUGAAUCUUUAAUCUGCUGCAACUGCAUACAUUGACUUAUCCCUUAACUGCUUCCUAUCUGCAAGUGUCAAAAAUGACUUCACUUACGACACUCUUCGUCGUUGGUGUGGAGGAAUAUGUUGAAUUCAACGAAAGUAUGGGAUCAAAAGCAUUCGUAGAACACAUUUGGGAUCAAAGCAAAACACCUCUUAAGCUCGAAGAUACGUCUGCAUCCGGUUCUCAACUUCAUUCGGCAGGCGCAAGAAUAUCUUCCGAUCCACCUCCACGAAUCGAAUUUCCAACGAUUGUUCGACAAAGAGGAAGAGGGAACAAAUACAAAGCGACAGGAAGAUAUAUAAGCUGGGAAGAGUUAAAGCGAAGAAAUCCAGUUGCUUUGAAAGAUCCUCCAAGUUUGGAAGAGUUCAUACGAAAAGGAUCACAAGUUGGCACUGCUGAACGUCUGGCUCCCGGCGCUUUUCUCAAAGGCGAAAAGAAGUUCAAGAUUACCAAGAAGCCCAAAGAUAUGAUCGACCUACAUCAAAGUCAAGAUGGCUGGAUAGGUGGCUCCUCGGAAAGCUCGUAUGCUUCAGAAGUGGGUGCAAAUGGAACCAGUUCGCAACCGCCUGCCAAAGGUUCAUCUUCUUCUGCAAGCAUGUAUGCCCCAAAAGCAUCUUCGAAUGGAUCGUCGGGUAGUAUUUAUGCCCCAAAACCUUCUGUCGGCUCUUCUGCAAGCAUAUAUGCAACCGAAGCACCUAAUGAACCAACGGGAGCAAAUCAAGAAGUCAACACUUCCUUGCAGAAUCCACCCGAAGUCCCAGCACAUGUGUCUGAUGGUCAGGAAACAGCACCACGCACGCUACGGAAGAGCAGGUCUGGAUUAAGCUUAUCGGCUAGGCUGGGAAUAGAUGCUUCAGCCAAAGAGCCAGAGAAACAGCCAGAAGUGCCGGCUGUACCUCAAAAACCGCAGUCUACUCGAAGGCCAUCGAAGUUGACAUUGCCAGAUAAUAGAAUGUCGAUACUGCCGGAUCAAAGUCAGACCGCCUCCUCUGCAACCGAUCUGAAAACGCCUGUAGCACAGACACCUCUCAGUGCAUCUCACCCUGUACCGGAAACGCCAUUGAAACAUCAUGGCAAUCGACAGCAAAUCGACAUUCCCCCGACACCUAAUACAGAACAGCGGGUAUCAGAGAACGAAAUGCGAAAUCUUCCGAAAGCAGGAUUGAUGCUUGAUCCAGGUCAAUCGAUCCAAGCUACUCGAAAAAGUACACCUCUUCGUGCUGCUCGAUCUCAAAUGGACGAUAUGCUUGCACGUCUGCGUCAAGCAAGAUCUGGGCUCUCUGGUGGUGGAAGUGGACAAAGUAUGUGGGCUCCCAAGACAGCGGCAGAAGAUCCGCCAGUGGCAUCUACGUCUGAAGACAAAUCAGGAUCCUCCAGACAGGCAACUCCAACACUCGCAUCUGUUUCAGCUGAUGUCGCAAAUGGUGAUGCAGAGCUAACACCAAAGUUGGGACCUUCUAAGCCAGAGAAAGCAAAAGAAGGAGCGAAACCAAAGGCAAACAAGUCAGGGUCAGCCCCUCAAGCAAAAGAGCUGACGAAUGGAAAGUCUCUUUUGGAUCGUCUAGGCCCAAAAAUGGAAGAGACAGACGCUUCUAACAAAAAAGGGCUACCGUUGCCAGAUACCUCGGAUAAGAAGCCUGUUACUCAGAGUGAGGAAAAGAAAAUAUCCUCGUCUUUUGCGGACAACAAGGUCGAGAAGAAGGAAGUUGACCCUAAGCCGCUGCCAUUAGAUGAUCCAGUACGCUCUGCUCCUACUGAGCCAAAGGCUGAGAGGAUUAAGAAGGAGGCUGCUCGCGAUAUUACACCCACUCCGACUUUGCCUGCGAGCGAGCCAGGGACUAUUUCGCAGAAAGAAGCUGCCGUACCUCAAGCUGAACCUGAGGUGAUUGAUGAUACGGCUUCACAAGUGGGCAAUGAUACAAUGACAAGCAUUAAUUGGGCUGAUGACGAUGAUGAUGAUUCAUUACCGGAAUUGACUGAAGAAUGGAUGAAGACGGCUUUGCUCUCUCCUCCUUCAAGCACCAAAAAGCCAGUCAAGGUAGACUCUAGCUCUGUGACUAGCGAUGAUAUCCAAUCUCGACAUGAAAUAGAUCAAAGUCCAUCUCAUCCUCAACGAGGAGAAAGAAAAGGCCGUGGAUCGAAGCGAGAAAAGGGAGCAUUGCCGCCACGAGGACCAAAAAGUGCACCUCUUGAUCUAGGUAUUCGAAUUGCUGGCUCGGCAGGUAAGCAAAGAUCAUCUUCAGCCUCCAACGAAGACCAGGAUUUAAGCUCUGUGCCACCAUGGCAAAGGCGUUCAAAAGCUGCUUCUUCACCCCCAUCAAAUGGACCUUUAGGCUUGCGCAUUGCUGGACAGGCAGAAACGAAAGCAAAAGAAGCCUCAAAGCCUGCUAAUGUGACACUGGAUUUUAAAAGCAAACGUAAUCACCAUGCACAAGACCAAGGUGGAGAUCGUAGGCCGCCGAAACAAGCUCCAGUGCAGAAUCGAAGAUGGGGAAACGGUUCAGUAUUGCCGCCUAAUGCUACACCACUUCAAAUGCCGGAUAAUCCGUUCGUCGUAGAUGCCAAUGCGGAUUCGACGAACAAGAAAACGAGAUCGAAAGGUAGAGGCGGACGAGCCGAUCAUCGUGUAUAAAGGAAAGAAGGGUUUUGUCCCUUGUACAGUCUAAAAUCUCUUAAAGUGCUUCAUUUGAUUUGCUAUUGUCUGCUAUGUAAUAUUUUGCUCGUACAGUGAACUUUUCUUUUUGUGUAAUAUUAUGGAGAUUUGUCAAACUACAGUACAUGUACAUGAGAAUGAAAACGUUAUUUUUUG